UCACUUUUUCAGGAACUGGCCUGCAAGCAAAAAAAAUGGGAAGUUAUGUAGUUGCAUGGGAGUCAGCAGAAAUAUGCUUUAUGUGUGGAUUGCUUCAAACCCAGACCAGCACACAAAGAGCGCGCGCAUCCAGGAUGACUGUGGAUUACAUCGAGUUUGGAGAUUACAGCGCUGACAACGAAAGCCAACAAAAUAAUGUCAGCCUCUUUGGCACGGUGAAUGUUGGCGGCCACCAGGCGUCUUUGACUCCUUUCCUGGUGGCCGUCAACGUCUUGGUCUGCGUGGUGGGCCUGGCCGGGAACUCCCUGGUGAUCUGGAUCUGCGGCUGGAAGAUGAAAAGAACAGUCAUCACCACUUGGUACCUGAGUCUGGCCGUCUCCGACUUGUUGUUCUGCGCCCUCCUGCCCUUGGAGGUGGCCUACACGCUCACCUCGCACUGGCCUUUCGGACUAGCGCUGUGCAAGCUGGCGUCCUCGGCGCUCUUCUUCAACAUGUUCAGCAGCGUCUUCCUUUUAGUUGUGAUCAGCGCCGACCGAUGCGUGCUGACCUGCUUCCCGGUGUGGUCGCGGAACCGCCGCACGGUCCGCGGGGCCUCGGCGGCCGUGGCGCUCAUGUGGGUGCUCUCGGCGCUCCUCACGCUGCCCUCGCUGGCUGUCAGGCAAACGGCGCUCCAAGGAGACGUGGUCCGAUGCUACGUGCGCUACACGGCGCCGUCCAGACACAAGGCGGUGGCGUUGAGCCGCUUCCUAUGCGGCUUCCUGGUGCCUUUCCUGGCCAUCGUGUGCUGCAGCGCCGUGCUGGCAGCCAAGCUGCGAGGGAUGAGCAUCAGAUCCAGCAAGCCUUACAAAAUCAUGGCGGCGCUCAUCUCCUGCUUCUUUGUGUGCUGGGUUCCCUACCACACUUUUGUUCUCCUGGAGUUGGACGUGAAGAAAGUCAGCCUGGAGAGUCUUCAUACCGGGAUGCGAGUGGGCACCACUCUGGCUGCGGCAAACAGUUUUCUGUCACCCGUUCUUUAUAUUUUCAUCGGUAACGACUUCAACCAAAUGUUAAGACGCUCGGUGACGGAAAGGUUGGAGUCAGUGAUGGAUGUCCGGACUGGACCUUCUCAGUCAGUGCAAAACAUGCCAAAUGUUUGAGUCCAUAUGGAUGUUGUUGGUGUGGCUCCGAUGUUUGACAUGAGUCAUUCGCUCAACAUAAGAUGCUUAACAGCGUUCUCUGGCAACCUUUUUGAAACUGAGUGUCAUGACCACUUCACUUUGUCUUUUGUUGCAUUUCAUUUUAUUCACUGGAAAUUUCAUUUCCUCUUCAAGCCUUUCGUUUAUGAGUGUACACAUUCCCCAACGCUAACCUUACUCUUUUUUUUCUUCUUUUUUUUUGGGGCAAGUGCACGUGACCUCUGCAUUUCAUGUUUC